ACCUGCACUCUCUCUCUCCUUUAUUGUUUCUAUUGUUAAAAAAAAAGAAUGAAUCCCUCUCAAAGCCCUAGCCCUAAUUUCACGUUCUUAUCCGAUGAAAACUCUAUUUAUUCUGUCAUGGAUAAUUAUGAUUUUUCCAAUUUGAUGUUCAGUGUUGGUGAAGGAGGCAGCAAUGGUUUAAUCCAGGAGGAAACUUCAUCUCCGACAACCAUCGUUACCGGCGAAAGCGGGGGAUCCGGCAGCGCAUUUACGACGUUGAGGAAAAAGGAAUCAACUCUCGAUUGCAAAAAUAGGGGAAGUAAAGAUGGAGAGACGAAGGAGAUGGGCCAUCGAGUUGCUAUUAGAACGAGAUCAAAGAUUGAUGUGAUGGAUGAUGGUUAUAAGUGGAGGAAGUAUGGGAAGAAAUCUGUCAAGAACAACACUAACAAGAGGAACUACUACAAAUGCUCAAGUGAAGGUUGCAUGGUGAAGAAGAGGGUAGAGAGAGAUGGUGAAAAUGCAGCUUAUGUGAUUACAACCUAUGAAGGAGUCCAUAACCAUGAGAGUCCAUCACACGUCUAUUACAGUGACAUGGUUUUUGAUCAUGAUAAUUGGAAGCAACACUCUCUUCUUCAAUCUAUCCAAACAUUUCCACCAUGUUGAGAUUAUUAGAUAUCUAAUCAUUAAAAUUUUCGCUGUGUAUUGGUUGGUUCUGAAUGUUUUAAUGAUGUGAAUGGUUAUGAAACAUCUUGUGGUUAUCAAAAUAUCAAUGUA